CUUGUUGUUGUCAUUAUUACUAUUAUUCUUCACCAUGCAAGCGCUCCUGUAUUUAUUACUCUCAUUUCUUUCACACCCUUUCACCUUCUACACUACUUGUAACUUCUCUUGUUUGCUGCUUCUUCUUCCAUUUGGGGUGCUUUCACAAUAUUCAUGGAUUGUUUUUGCUUUGCAGAAAGUGUUUUUCUUGUUUCUGGUUUGAUUUUUGUGGCCUUUCUGGCCGGUUUUCAAGUGGGUUUUUGUGAUGAAAGCGUCAAGUUUAUCUCUUGGGAUGAUAUGAGAGUUGAUAUUCAACGAGGAGGGUUGAGUGUGGGAGAGAAUUCCAAUCACAGUAGAGUUAUUGUGGUUGAUAAAGAUGGUGGAGGACAUUCUGUAACAGUUCAAGGUGCCAUAGAUAUGGUCCCUGACAACAAUCCACAAAGAGUUAAAAUCUACAUUCUUCCAGGAAUUUACAGGGAAAAAAUUACAGUGCCACCAUCUAAACCUUUUAUCUCCCUCAUAGGGAAUGAAAGUGAAGUCUCUGAAACUGUAAUUUCUUGGGGAGAUAAAGCAUCAGAUAAGGACAGUGAUGGCAAUGAAUUAGGCACAUAUAACUCAGCUUCGGUGACCAUUUUAUCUGAUUAUUUUUGUGCCGCCGGGGUUACUUUUGAGAAUUCAGUUGUUGCAAUUCCAGGAGAAAAAGGAAUGCAAGCAGUAGCAUUGAGAAUUGGUGGUGAUAAAGCAAUGUUUUAUAAAGUUAGAAUCCUGGGGACUCAGGAUACUCUCUUGGAUGAUAUUGGAUCCCAUUACUUUUACCAAUGUUACAUUCAAGGCACUGUAGAUUUCAUAUUUGGGAGGGCAAGAUCUCUCUAUCAGAAUUCUGUGAUUCAUUCAAUUGCAAGAAAUUCCGGGGCAAUUGCAGCCCACCACAGGGAUUCACCAGAUGAAAACACAGGCUUCUCUUUCAUGAACUGUAUAGUCAAUGGAACAGGCAAAAUCUACCUCGGAAGAGCCUGGGGAAGCUAUUCAAGAAUAGUGUAUUCAUAUUCAUUCCUCGACGAUAUCAUAGUCCCCUCAGGAUGGACUGACUGGAAUGUUCCUGACAGGCAAAAGACUGCUGUAUUUAGUGAAUACCAAUGUUGGGGAAAAGGCGCCAAUACAAGCCAGAGGGUGCCAUGGUUGAAGUCUUUCAGCUUUGGGGAAGUACAGCCUUACCUGAACAUGACAUUCAUAGAUGGAAAUCAAUGGCUAAGACUAUAGUGUUCUUAUUCUUCUUCCUCAUUAAGCCCCUCAAAUUCGUUAUUCUUUUUACCUUCUCAAUUCUUUGUCAUCCUUAGCAAAUUGGGGGUGGUUCAUUGCAUCAUUUUAAAGCUAAAAAUAGGCAUAGAAAGUUUGGAUAGUUCUUUAGGUCAAUAGUUAAUACUUUUUUAUAUGUUAUAGCAGUUAGAAACAAUCACUAUUGUGGGGGUGUGUUUAAAGUUUAAACUGUACUUAACAGCCAAUAUA